AGGUGCCCCGGGUGGAGGAUGGAGCCCCGGGCAGCCGCGGCUGGCGAGCCCGAGCCCGCCGCGUCCCCCUCCUUCCAGGCCCGGCUCUGGAAGAACCUGCAGCUGGGUGUGGGCAAGGGCAAGGGCGGCGGGGGCGGGCGCACCGGGGGCCCCGAGCGCCGCACUGCGGCCACUCCGACCCCAUCCCCGCCGCCCCCGAGGGCCACGCAGGACGCACUGGCCGGUGUGGCGAGUACCGGCAGCAGGUGGAGUGGCUUCAAGAAGCGGAAGCAAGUGCUAGACCGGGUGUUCUCCUCCUCGCAGCCCAACCUGUGCUGCUCCUCGCCUGAGCCCCUGGAGCCCGGAGGAGCAGCCAGAGCCGAGCAGGGGUCCACGCUGCGCCGCCGCUUACGCGAACAUCUGCUGCCCGUGGCUAAGGGGCCGGCGACAGCCGUGGGGACAGCGGGAGUGACGCCUCCUGGCGGACGCUCCCCGGACUCAGCCCCUUCUUCUUCCGCCUCAUCCUCUCUGUCCUCUUCUCCCCAACCGCCCCCGAGGGGAGACCGCGUCCGAGAUGAAGGCACACGGCGUGGGGGCUCUGGGGUGCACCUGUGCCACCAAAAGAGCUCCUCUCUUCCCGGCACCGCGUGUCUGGAGCAGCUGCUGGAACCGGCAUCACCUCCCGUAGAACCGAUACGGGGUCCCACGGAGUCCCAGGCUCUGACAAAGGGUGAAGAGCGAGGCUGCAGCCAGAAAAUAAAUACAGUUGGAACCAGUAAUGCAGAUGUCCCUUUGGCUGAUCCCGGAAUGUACCAGUUGGAUAUCACACUGAGAAGGGGUCAAAGUUUAGCUGCCCGUGAUCGAGGAGGGACAAGUGAUCCAUAUGUGAAGUUUAAAAUCGGAAGAAAAGAAGUUUUCAGAAGUAAAAUUAUACACAAGAACCUGAAUCCUGUGUGGGAGGAAAAGGCUUGCAUCCUUGUCGACCAUCUUAGAGAGCCCCUGUAUAUCAAGGUAUUUGACUAUGAUUUUGGACUGCAAGAUGACUUUAUGGGCUCAGCCUUUCUCGACCUCACACAAUUGGAGUUAAACAGGAACACAGAUGUGACCUUGACUCUGAAAGAUCCCCAUUAUCCCGACCAUGACCUUGGAAUCAUUUUGAUGUCAGUCACCCUGACCCCUAAGGAAGGCGACCCCAGGGAUGUGCAGAGUUCAAUCCACAGCUUUCUUCAUUGGAGACUUUGUGACAUAAAAACAAUGCUAAUGAGGAAGAGUUGGAAAAGAUCCAGUAAGGAACUCUCAGAAAAUGAAGUGUUUGGAUCUCACUUCUCUGUGCAGUCUUUCUUUUGGAGGUUUCAGACCCAAAGCUUACGUCUGUCAGACCAGCACAGGAAAUCGCACCUGUGGAGAGGAAUCGUCAGCAUCACCCUGAUUGAGGGCCGAGACCUCAAAGCAAUGGAUUCCAAUGGCUUGAGUGAUCCCUAUGUGAAGUUCCGGCUAGGUCAUCAGAAGUACAAGAGCAAGAUUAUGCCCAAAACUUUGAAUCCUCAGUGGAGGGAGCAGUUUGAUUUUCAUCUCUAUGAAGAAAGAGGGGGAAUCAUCGACAUCACUGCCUGGGACAAAGAUGCUGGGAAAAGGGAUGAUUUUAUUGGAAGGUGCCAGGUUGACCUGUCGUCCCUCAGUAGGGAGCAAACGCACAAGCUGGAGUUACAGCUGGACGAGGGUGCGGGCCACCUGGUUCUGCUUGUCACUCUGACAGCCUCAGCCACAGUCAGCAUCUCCGACCUCUCCGUCCACUCCCUGGAGGACCAGAAGGAGCGGGGAGAGAUACUAAAGAGAUACAGCCCACUGAGGAUAUUUAACAACCUAAAAGAUGUGGGAUUUCUCCAGGUGAAAGUCAUCAGAGCUGAAGGUUUGAUGGCUGCUGACGUCACAGGUAAAAGUGAUCCAUUUUGUGUAGUGGAACUGAACAACGAUAGGCUGCUAACACACACUGUCUACAAAAACCUUAAUCCUGAAUGGAACAAAGUGUUCACAUUCAACAUUAAAGACAUCCAUUCAGUCUUGGAAGUGACAGUUUAUGAUGAAGACCGUGACCGGAGCGCCGACUUUCUGGGCAGAGUUGCUAUACCAUUGCUAUCUAUUCAAAAUGGUGAACAGAAAGCCUACGUCUUGAAAAACAAGCAGCUGACAGGGCCCACAAAGGGGGUCAUCUGUCUUGAAAUAGAUGUGAUUUUUAAUGCCGUGAAAGCCAGCUUACGAACAUUAAUCCCCAAAGAACAGAAGUACAUUGAAGAGGAGAACAGGCUCUCCAAACAGCUGCUUCUGAGAAACUUCGUCAGAACGAAGCGUUGCGUCAUGGUGCUGGUAAACGCUGCAUACUACGUUAAUAGCUGCUUUGAUUGGGAUUCACCCCCAAGGAGUCUUGCAGCUUUUGUGCUCUUCCUCUUUGUCGUCUGGAACUUUGAGCUCUACAUGAUACCACUGUUGUUAUUGCUACUACUGACCUGGAACUACUUCCUAAUAGUAUCAGGGAAAGAUAACAGGCAACGUGAUACGGUGGUGGAGGACAUGCUGGAGGACGAGGAGGAAGAAGAUGAGAAGGAUGACAAGGAUGGUGAAAAAAAAGGAUUUAUAAAUAAAAUCUAUGCCAUCCAAGAAGUCUGUGUCAGUGUGCAGAACAUCCUGGAUGAAGUGGCUUCCUUCGGCGAAAGGAUAAAGAAUACUUUCAACUGGACUGUCCCAUUCUUAAGCUGGCUGGCCAUUGUAGCCCUCUGUGUGUUCACAGUUAUUCUGUACUUCAUCCCACUGAGAUACAUUGUUCUUGUCUGGGGAAUUAAUAAAUUUACAAAAAAGCUUCGGAGUCCAUAUGCAAUUGAUAACAAUGAACUACUUGACUUCCUUUCCAGAGUCCCUUCAGAUGUACAAGUGGUGCAAUACCAAGAACUGAAAGCAGACCAUUCUCAUAGCCCAUAUAAAAGGAAGAAAAACAACCUUGGCUAGCCAGCUCCAGCACUGAGGAGACAAGUAUGCUUGGGAAGAUAAAAGAAAAGCCCUUCAGCCUCGCAGCAUUUCCUUUCUUUCUGCUUUUUAUUUAUUUUUCCUUUUUAUCAUGAUGGAGAAAAUUGUAAAUAGUGUACAAAAGGAAUAUGUCUUUGAAAAUAUACUUCCAUUGUACAGUCUGAACUUGAUAAAAGAUUUUAACUAGUGGAGUGUGGAAGCCUUGUUAGCUAUAGAUAAUAUAGCCAACUGAAAGAAUAAAAAUAAUGGUUAUAAAACUGGAAGAAACAUAUUUCUUGAAUUACAAGUGAAAGAACCAGAAUAUCGGAUUAAAUGCUCAAUUGUACUCUGAUUAACCCUAUAUAAAAUAUAAAUACUGAUUUGAUCUUUA